GCGAGGAAGCUUCUUCCCCCACCCCUGGUGCGGUGCCCGUGCGGUUCUUGAUUUGGGGUGCGCGCCGUGGGGUCGCCAAUGCAGCCGGACCCGAGCGGGAGCUGCGACGGCAAUGCGAAGGCGACGCUGCCGCCGCCAGUGACGGCGCCGGGGCCGGGGGCGGGGGCGGCGGCGGCGGGCGGGGGGCGGCCGGUGUCGGUGCUGCCGCACAAGACGGCGAACGUGCGGGACCACUACCGCAUCGGGAAGAAGCUCGGGCAGGGGCAGUUCGGGACGACGUACCUGUGCGUGGCGAAGGCCGACGGCGGCGAGUUCGCGUGCAAGUCCAUCCCCAAGCGGAAGCUGCUGUGCCGGGAGGACUACGAGGACGUGUGGCGCGAGAUCCAGAUCAUGCACCACCUCUCCGAGCACCCCAACGUCGUGCGCAUCCGCGGCGCCUACGAGGACGCUCUCUUCGUGCACAUUGUCAUGGAGCUCUGCGCCGGCGGCGAGCUCUUCGACCGCAUCGUCGCCAAGGGCCACUACAGCGAGCGCGCCGCCGCGCAGCUCAUCCGGACGAUCGUCGGCGUCGUGGAGGGGUGCCACUCGCUCGGCGUCAUGCACCGGGACCUCAAGCCGGAGAACUUCCUCUUCGCCAGCACCGCCGAGGACGCGCCCCUCAAGGCCACCGAUUUCGGGCUCUCCAUGUUCUACAAGCCUGGUGAUAAGUUCUCUGAUGUUGUUGGGAGCCCCUAUUAUGUUGCACCUGAGGUACUUCAGAAAUGUUAUGGUCCAGAAUCUGAUGUUUGGAGCGCUGGGGUGAUUCUUUACAUUUUGCUAUGUGGUGUUCCACCAUUUUGGGCAGAAACUGAAGCUGGAAUUUUCAGGCAGAUUCUACGAGGCAAACUUGAUUUUGAAUCUGAACCCUGGCCUAGCAUCUCUGAUAGUGCUAAAGAUCUGGUCCGUAAUAUGCUUUGUCGGGAUCCUUCAAAGAGACUUACGGCCCAUGAGGUUCUCUGUCACCCAUGGAUUGUUGAUGAUGCUGUGGCACCUGACAAACCUAUUGAUUCUGCUGUUUUGUCAAGACUGAAGCACUUUUCGGCAAUGAACAAGCUCAAGAAAAUGGCAUUGAGGGUUAUUGCUGAAAGCCUGUCUGAGGAAGAGAUUGGAGGACUAAAGGAGCUAUUCAAAAUGAUUGAUACUGACAAUAGUGGAACUAUAACUUUUGAUGAGCUAAAGGAGGGCUUGAAAAGGGUGGGUUCAGAAUUAACGGAACAUGAAAUCCAGGCUUUAAUGGAAGCGGCUGAUAUUGACAACAGUGGAACCAUUGACUAUGGUGAAUUCAUUGCAGCUACUCUGCACAUGAAUAAACUAGAGAGGGAGGAAAACUUGGUAUCAGCAUUUUCAUUUUUCGACAAGGAUGGAAGUGGUUUCAUAACUAUUGAUGAGCUGUCACAAGCAUGCCACGAAUUUGGCCUUGAUGAUGUUCACCUUGAGGAUAUGAUUAAAGAUGUUGAUCAAAACAAUGAUGGGCAAAUUGACUACAGCGAGUUCACAGCGAUGAUGAGAAAGGGCAAUGCUGGUGGAGCUGGAAGGAGGACUAUGAGGAACAGUUUGCAGUUGAAUCUUGGUGAGAUCUUGAAUCCCAGCAAUAGCUGACUCCUGGAAGGACAUGGCUAUUAGAUGCCAUCACUGUCUGAAUUUCUAUACGCCUGCAUCAGCCUGUACUAAUCUCAAAAGGGAGCACAUCAUUGAGUGAUUGUCUCCUCGUGUUACUGAGACGGUGAAGAGUUUUCGUAGCAUCGUAAUAGCUACCAGAGGGAGAGAGAAAUGUUGUUCCUGUGAUCCUAGUAUCCUAUCGUUCUAUACCGAUCUUAGAUAUGCUGUAGGUGGUAAUGCAAUGAACUGCCUAUAUGUAUUCCUGCCGUUGUUGUAGACUGAACAUUGGUGAUAGAUGGGCUAUGCUCUUCGCAUCAUUUCUCUCUUUGUUCCUGA